AUGCUUGGUGUUAACAACCAUGUGAUGAUGAAGGCGAAAAGACAAAGCAAAAAGAACAAAAAAGAGGUAAAGGUUACUUAUAUUUCAAGUCCUAUGAAGGUGAAAACUAGUGCUUCAAAUUUUAGAGCACUUGUGCAAGAACUCACUGGUCAAGAUUCUAAUGUUGCUGAAAUGUUUGUGGAGUUUAAUGAUUGUGUUCAUGUUGAUGAUGCUCAAAAUCAGAAGGAAAGUUCAACUCACCAACAAUGGAGUAGUGAUAAUAAUUUUAGUGAAGCAUAUAUGCAUGAAAGCUCUAGUUGGAUUAAAUUGGAGGAUGAUUACAAUUUUAGAUCCUCAUUGGAGCCAUUAAAUGGACAACUUCAAUUUGAUUUUUUUGAGUUUUGA